AUGCUUCUUGCCCCCAUGCAACCGCCAACGUCACAUUAUCCUCCUUCCGAAGCAGGUCGGACGGCCUCGCAAACAACUAUGCCCACGGUCACUCCUCAGACCUCACCAUGCCCAUCGACCGUCUCUCACUCAAACUUGUCCUGCAGCCUGUCAUCCAAUGUGACAAGUAACCGACGACCUACUAUGAGACCCAAACUUACCCUCCAAACGACGUCACUUCCCAUGACAUUCGGCACUUCUUCGACGGGAUUGUCUCUUUCGCUUGCUACCGGGCCGACAGCGUCUCCCACAGUUCGCAACACUUUUAAAAAUGCCUAUGAAGUCGCCGUACCAUCUUCAGCCACCGCUUCCCCCUCAAGAUCAUCUAAUCACCGGUUCAGCAAACCCUCAUCGCCAUAUUCCACAAACAGCCCUUAUCAACUCCCUCUGGGAGUCAAAAGCAUUCUUCGCAACUCGCCGCUAGAACCCACCUGCAGGCGCCGGGGCUCGGUGGCCCCGAACGGGCCCAAUGGAGGACCGGGCUCACGCCGUGUUUUUUUCCCCGCCAAGAAACAAGUAAGCUAUCGGCAGCCGCUGGAAGAAGAAAUCCAAACCGUGCGCUAUACCGCGCGCCACUCCGAUAUCACACACCAGCCCAAUCCUAUAUCCCAAGAAGCUGGCUCCAGGGAGGAUUCGGAUUCGAACACGAGCACGGAGCCAUCCGAUGCGAGCACAACGGAUGAGGAUGUGGAGGCAAAAUCGAGCCAUGACCCGUUGAAAUCAUUCGGAAAGAAGAAGCGGAAGCACUUGAGCGCGGAAAAACAAAUCCGAGCAGUUGCUCUAAUGGACGGGAUUGACAAAGAUGGCGCCUCCACUCCACAAACGCCAUGUCAGAAUCGGACCAAACGUCGCUGCGAAUGGAGAUGGACCCUGGGACCACUAGAGAUACGGGAUGGAAAUACCCAACCUUCGCAGGCUGAAGAAAAAUCAACAUCCAACCCGACAGAAACUAUACCAAAUAUAUCCCCUGCCUCUAAUGCCACAACAACAUCGCCGGACAACGAGAAUGACAGUCCUAGGUCCUGGGUCUCGAACCUUACGUCUUUGUCCAGCAUUUCAGAGCAAAAUUCCAGUCCGAGUCCAUCCAUCGCUCUAGAGAUCGUCACAAAUGAUGACUGCAAGAGUAACAUGACUCACGAAACUGAACGAGCGCACGCAAAUACAGUCCAAUGA